GGCCGGAAACGGCUAGAAAAUAUGCCAACGCCUGGUUGAGGGCCUAAACGCGGGUCGCGCCUUUUUAGUGUAAAUAAACAGAAGGAAAUAGAGUAAAAACCAGAUCGACCAAAUCUAGGCCAGUUCUAGUUUGCGGUUUCAGUGAAAAGACAUUUGACGGCCAUUCAAUUCGAUUCAAUUUAAUUAAAAGCCAAAACAGUGCGAGGGCAAUGCGUCAGGGGUCUGACUGAUGGACCCGUAACGCAUACGCCAUGUGAGCCCGAGCCGGAUCGAUGGGAUCGCUCUCCCAACCACUUGUAUAUAGCACUAGGCAGCCUUUUCUAUCGUGUUGUUGUGUCGGCCGCGUCCACCGCCAAUGUACAUACUGUAUAUGUGUUUUAGACUCUUUAAUUGAUUAAACAGCAAAUAACAAAAAAUAAAAGUAAAAUAAAUAAAUAUACAUAGCGGAGCCAGAGCUCCACACGCAAGUACGCAAACACACAAGUUUCGGUGCAAAACGGGUAUACAUAGUCGAAAUAAUAUGCUAAAUAUGCUAUUAAGGAAUUAGCUAAAUUAUUAGAUUUAAAGAGCACUGGAAUUUCGCGCGUAAUCGGAUUAAUUAUAAACAAAUCGAGAAUCGAGGGCAGCAUGGGACCAAUCAGACUCAUCUAGAAGCUAGCCACCCCAACGGAACAGAAUCUAAAAUCACAAUGGACUACAGCCGGCUGAAUGCCAAUAUCAAUACGGGCAACAUCAGCACCGAUGACUUCUUGGCCGUGUUCACGACCAGCAAGCCGGAGAACGCCACUCUCAAUCCGCCCCUCCUCGCCGUCGACGGACAGCUGACCUUGCCCACGCCGGGAGUGGGCCUGGGCCUCGGCUACAUCAACGUGAACGACACCAUCUACCUGCUCAAUGGCAGCUACUACAACAGCAGCCUGCUGCCAGGCGGGGGGUUCUACAACCAAAGUACUACUUCCGGCAACUACACCAAUCCCAAUCUCACGGAGAUACACUGGGACGGCCGGUACCCCAGUGGCUACACGCUCACCCACAUAGUGAUUGCCUCGAUUAUUGUCACCAUCCUGAUGAUCAUUAUCGUGGUCGGCAACAUGCUGGUUAUAAUCGCCAUAGCCACGGAAAAGUCCCUAAAAAACAUACAGAAUUGGUUCAUAGCCUCGCUGGCUGUGGCGGAUUUCUUUCUCGGCCUCAUCAUAAUGCCCUUCUCGCUGGCCAACGAGCUGAUGGGCUACUGGAUUUUCGGCAGCUGGUGGUGCGACAUCCACUCAGCCAUGGACGUCCUGCUUUGCACCGCCUCUAUCAUGAACUUGUGCCUCAUCUCGCUGGAUCGGUACUGGAGCAUCACCAAGGCAGUGGACUAUCUCAAGUCCCGGACGCCGGCACGGGCCGCUGUUAUGAUCACGGCGGUCUGGAUUAUGUCCGCCCUCAUCUGCAUUCCCCCGCUCCUCGGCUGGAAGGUGAAGAUGCCGGAGGGACAGCUGCCCAAGUGCGAGCUAAGCGAGGACAUCGGGUACGUGCUCUACUCGGCGCUGGGAUCCUUUUACAUACCCAGCUGCAUUAUGGUCUUUGUGUAUAUACGAAUUUAUUUUGCCGCCAAGGCGCGGGCGAGACGAGGCAUUAAAAAGCAUCCCCGCAAAACAAACAACGAACAGGUAACGAGCUUCACCACCGCCAACAAGAAAGGCACCAUACCGAUGCCCUCCUCCAGCGGCGCAGCGGCCUUGCAACUGCACCAGCAGCGCCAGAUAGCCACCAUCGAGACGCCACCGAACAGUGCCACCUUGCCAAUGCAAAUUCCCACGGUGACCAUGGACCUGGCCUCGGACAUAUCCACAUCGGAGGCGGGUGAGCUGGAGGCGGUGGCCGCCCAAACGGUGCUGGCAUACGCCAAUCCCAACGGAUCUGGGGCAAAUACGGUAACCGUUGUGACAACAAGUGCAGCCGGAGCACCCUGCUCACCCGCCUCGCCCAAGGAGACGCUGCAGGUGAGCACGAUAGCCACUGGCCGGGUGGGUCUCAAUGUUCCCGUGCCACCGUCCAUGGGCAGCACAAACUCCAUUAAUGUGCUUAACAACAACAACGGCAGUGUGGCCUCCGAGGCGUCGCCAGUCGGGGCCAGUUCUACACCUAAUAUUGGGGGCAAUGGAGCCACCGUUAUUGCAACUGCCACUGCUCCGGGAAACGAGUUGCGCGUUUCGCCCAUUGCCGGCCGGUGUCGAGCACUUUCCGUGGGCGUGGACACGGACAUGGUGAGUGAAUUCGAUCCAUCCAGCAGCGACUCCGGGGUCGUAAGCCGAUGUGCCGUCGUAAAGCCGCUCAAGUUUCGCCUUUGCCAGCCGAUCUUUGGGCGGAAAUCGAACCAGCAGCGCCGAAACGAGGCCAAGGCGGUGGCGGCCAAAAACCAACAUCAGCAGCAGGGCAAGAACCAGGAUCACCAGAAGCAGCAGCAGCAGGAAAAGCAGCAGGUGAUUAAGGCGGAGCUGGAGCCGGCUAUUCCGAAGACCCCGAAGCCCCGGGAUCCGGAGAAGGAGAAGCGUCGGAUUGCGAGGAAAAAGGAGAAGAGGGCCACGCUGAUUUUAGGCCUCAUCAUGGGCAGCUUCAUAGCCUGCUGGCUGCCAUUUUUCUUCCUGUACAUCCUGGUGCCGGCCUGUAGCAGUCACUGCAACAUACCGGAAUCAGCAUUUGCGAUCGCCUUCUGGCUGGGCUACAUGAACUCGGCUCUCAAUCCGGCCAUCUACACCAUUUUUAACAAGGACUUCCGACGGGCGUUCAGGCGCAUCCUGUUCAAGUGAUGUUUGGCCUACGUGUGCUGUUACAGGUGCGUUUCGAGGAGCAUCGAGAAGGCAACCGAACGUGCCAUGGGCAGCACACCCAUGGGUUAUGGUCAUGGCAUGUAUCAGCACUACAGGCGUUAGAUUUGCUUCGUUUUGGUAAACCCCUCAUCGUUUCGACCUUGCAUCCAUUUCGUCCCACUUACCUAUUUUUUUGAUUUUGGGAAUAAGUAAAACAAAACAAAAGAAAAAAGAAAAAGUAACGAACAUUGUAGCUCAUUUCAAAAGCAAUGAACGGCUGUGAAUUUGAUGGAAUCUCUCAAUUUCAAUUUACGCAUUUUUGGUUUCGUUUGGUUUCUCUAGUACCCUUGAACCCAAGACCCCCCAACCGCACCGCACACACACACUUUUCACACUCGACGAGCUCAUAGAAAUGCAUGAGCUGGGCAAACAAGAAUCCGAGCUCGGCAAACAUCUAUUAUGCUCCCCUGAAUGGGAUGUGUCCGCCUGCGACGUCUAUGGCCAUUCAACUUGAAAUAAUUUCGCAAAUUUCCAUUUGCGGCUGCAUGGCCAAUGCUACCCCUCACCUUUUCUGGGCCAAGUGCAGUCGGCAGGAAACCCUUUAGUCGCAGUGCCAACCAAUAUCGAGGUCAGCAAUUGCUACAGUCAGAAGGUACAUUAAUUUGAUUCCUUCUUAAUACGAGUAUUUCGGCAAAUACUUCUCCGAGAAAGACUACAUUCCACAGUUGGCGUUUGGCCAGAUCAUUAAUUUCAUGUUCACAUAAAUGUAAAGUAUAAUCCAGUCAGGCGGCCACUACACAGAAUUCGAUGUUACAAAGUGAGCACACAGAAAUAUGCCAAAAAAAAACAAUUUUGGGGAAGAAAACUGCGAGACAAGGCAGCCGCAGUUUUAUUCAUUCACUCAAAGAUAUUUCACUCAGCGACACAGAAAGUGGGAGUACAAAAAAUAAACCAAAUAUAUGGGUGGGAACCAAUGCCUAAUGGGCACACACAGAUGCAAAUUCAAAUGGUUGGGAGCUACACUGAAAAAAUCGGUCUAUAGGAUAGCACAAGCCAUCAAAAAUGCUCAGG